UGUGUGUUGUAGAUGUUGACAGAAACCAGGUGUUUAAAACCACCAGAGUGCGAACUGCACUGAAGAAGGACGGCAGCUGGAUCCACAAAUCAAAAGAAGACAAGGAGGGACAAGACAAAGAGGGGACGUUUCAAACUGUGGAGGCCAAACGAGUUCCAGUUAGACAGAGUUCAUACGUCCUGCUGACAGCCAGGAAGUUUGGAUCAAUAGAUUCUUCACUGAGUCCUCCUCUUCAAAACACAGAGGUCAUUCCAUCUGAAGGUAAUACAGCACCUGUGGCAAAUGGUGAUGUUGUUCCUGCCAAAAAAGGUGCUCCGCCUGAGGGGUCAACAGUGGAGGCCACAGGCGAUACAAAGCCUCAAGCUGUAACUCAAAAUGGUAGGACAGAACAAGAAAAAUCAGCUGCCGACACAACUCCAGAAAACAAGGAGGAAUGUUCUGAAGCACGAGGUGACAAGUCAAAGGUGGAACACACUAAGGCAGCCGCUGAAGUGUUUGCAGCCGUUCACGUUGAAGAAAAUAUCCAACCAGUUUCUUCAGCAAAGGAAAAUCCAGAGGCAGAGUCUCCUGCUGAUCAACCAUUUAUCAGCACAACGGCAGGAAACAAAGAAGAAAAAGCUGAUCCAUCAAACACAGAUCCCAGUGAGACCGUGAUCUCUGCAGAUGCUAAUGUGGAAAUUCCUGCUGCAGAAAUCUCUGCCGUGGAUGACACAGCUGAGAGUAAAAGCACUGCUGAGGUCCCUGCUGCAUUCAUACCAAAAGAGAAACCUCAAGAGGAAUCUUUAAUUAAAGCAGAGCCAGCAACUGCAACAAAUUUGGAGGUUGCAAAAGCAGAAAUAAAUGUACAGCCAAUAGAGGGGAGUAGUGAGAAGGGUCCUCCAGAGCAGACCACAGGAGAAAUUGUUGCAGCUGCAGCUAAUGUGAUGUUGGAGUCAUCGUCUGAGACCACUGAUGUGACUAAAGCAACACCAGGGGAAGUCAGUCUAGAAUCAGUCCCUGACUUACUGCUUGAAUCUCUAACCAAAUCACCUACUCAGCCCGCUGCUGAAAGUCCUACAGAGGCUAACUUUGAGAUAAGUCCUCCAGCACAAUUUACAGAUGAAGCUGUUGAAGCUGCAGCUGAGGUUGUGAUGGAGUCAUUGCCUGAGAACCCUGCUGUAAAUAAUGCAACACCAGAAGAAGAAGCUGCUCUACAAAACAGUGUCCAACCAGUCCCUCAUACACAACCUGAAUCACCCACUUAUCUACCCAACAAAACCAUUACGGAGGAGAGUGGUGAGAAAAGUCCUCCAGAACAAAACACAAAAGAAAUAGUUGAAGUCGUAGCUGAGGUUGUGGUGGAGACAUUACCUGAGAAUGUGGUGGAGCCUGUAAAUAAUGCAACACCAGAGGAAGAAGCUGCUCUACAAAGCGAUGUGCGACCAGUCAUUGAUACGCAAUCUGAAUCACCCACUCAUCCCUCUACAGAAACUGCUCCAGAGGGAAGUAGAGAGGAAGCUGCUCCACAAGUGCAACAAGUCUCUGAUGCUUUAUCCAAACCGCCUACACAACCUGCUGCUGAAACUACUACAGAAAACAACUGUGAGAAAUGUCCUGCAGACCAAGGUGCACGAGAAACUGUUAGAGCUGCAGCUGAAGUGGAGACAUUACUUGAGCCCCCUGCUGCAAAUAAUGCAACACCAGGAGAAGCGGCUGCUGAACAACCGGUCCUUGAAUCACCUCCUCAGCCUGCAGCUGAGACUGUUGUCGAGUCUGUAGAGGGUGAAGUCGAGCCUGCAGCUGUGGAAGCUUUAAGGACCACAGCUGAAGAGGUGGUUGAGCGUGUUGUCAACAGUGUUGUUGAACAAAGUGUUGAGUCAACACCUGACAGCGCAGCAGACCGUGUGUCGGAGCUGAACAUUGAAGAUCCUGUUAAACCUGAAACUACCCCAGAUACUGGAGCUGCUCAGGAAGAUUUAGCUGCCACAGUUAUUAAACUGACAGAUGCGUUAGAUGUGGAGCCACCCACAGCUGAAAGUGUUCCCAAACCUGUGGAAGACUCAGAACAAUCCCACUUAGAGGAGCCCAAAGUGAACCAGCAGUGUGAUGAUACCAACACUUCUGAAGUGUUUCAAAAGGCUGCACAGGAGCCAAACUCUGCACAAACUCUGACAAAGUCUGGAUAUGUUUCCAAUAUCUCACUGGAUGAAAAAGCUACUUGUUGUUUCUGUAAUGAAAUCCUGGAUGGAAGAGUAAAGAUCAGUUUGAGUGAACCUCUGGUGACCUGCCACCCUGAGUGUCUCAAGUGCAGUGUUUGUGCCAAGGCCCUUGGAGACAUGCUGACCCCCAUGUACUUGCAUCAAAAAGAGAUCCAGUGUGGUGGCUGCUUUAUGAAAACUCUCAAGAUCUGAGGCUCAUCUGGGACAGAUCCUCCAUCAGAGAACUCUCAA